AUGGAUCUUAUUAAAACAGUAUAUAGUAACGUGGGUAACUCUCAACUGACUCCAUCGUCAUCCGCUUCGCCACCUCACACCAUUUCCUUUAUAUUCUUACAUUGAUUCAUUUUCCCUCGCUUCUCACGCAAAGACAAUCGCUAGCAUCAGCCUGGUUUCGCAAAUGGCGUCUAACGCCCUCACAUCGAGGGGCCAAGCCGAUUUCGAUCUCUAUCCCUAUACGCCUUCCGGACCCGCUGGCUAUGCAUUCCUGGUGCUAUUUGCAAUCGGUGGUUUGGCUCAUUUUGUAAUGCUCAUCCCAUUGCGAAGUUGGUUCUUUAUUCCGUUCGUUCUGGGUUGCGUAGGUGAAGCAGCAGGCUAUUACGGUCGCGCAUGGUCCUCAUCCGAUAUCCGAAAUGGUAGCCCUUACCUCAUACAACUCAUGCUCAUUCUUGCGGCCGCGCCGCUCCUUGCAGCAACCAUCUACAUGACGCUCGGUCGUCUUAUCCGCGCUCUCGAUGCUACGCACCACGCUGUAUUGAACCCGCGUUGGACGACAAAGAUCUAUGUUAUCAUCGAUAUAGGCUCGUUCGUGUGCCAGAUCAUGGGCUCUGCAAUGCAAACUUCUGGUGAUCCAGAGGGUGUCAAGACAGGAAAUACCGUUGUGAUCGCGGGACUGGGCACGCAAUUGGUUGCAUUUGCUUUCUUCAUCUUAAUGGCAGUGGUUUUUCACCGGAGGCUUAACAACAAACCCACGUCCACGUCACUUCGGACUCAUGUCAGAUGGCAGCGCUACAUGUGGGCUUUGUACAGCGUUAGUGUGCUCGUUGUUGUGCGGAGUAUAUUUCGGCUGGCAGAGUUUGUGGAAGGGCCGGAGAGCAAGGUUUAUCAGACCGAAGCGUACUUGUAUGUUUUUGAUGCGGCGCUGAUGUUCGGCGUCGUGGUCAUCAUGACAGUUUUGCAUCCAGGGGUUCUGCUUAGGGCUGUUAGAAAGGCUGAGAUGAUACCGCUUGGGGAUGAUGAUGAGAAUGGGGGGUACUUGCUUCGCGGAAACGGCUCGAAGUAAUAUCUUGGGUAAGGAAUAGAAUUUUAAUCAUCUCCAGCUGGUAGUACAGAUGACGAAAAUACAACCUUCACACGUACAUUAGAUACCGGAUAGACACGCUUUCCAGGUUCCCAGAAAACCACCACACGUAUAAAGAUAAGUCAGUGAAAUCAACUCAACAAUUUCGAUUGCGAUUGCGAUUGCGCCCGAAGCGUCAAUCGCCGCUGGUCCAGUAGGUUACCUCGCUUAU